AUGGAACUUUUUCACCGGGAUCCGCAGCAUUGGCGGGAAAUCAUGCUGCGAGAGCGGCACCACGAGGAUGAGCUGUCGAUCGUCUUGGGAUUGGAUUUCGGCGGGACGGGAAUCAAGGGAGCGCCGGUGGACGUGGCCACCGGCACGCUGCUGCUGGAGCGAUACCGUAUUCCCACGCCCAAUCCCGCCACGCCUCAGGCCGUCGCUGACGUCAUCAGGCAGAUCAAGGAGCACUUCCGGUGGGAUGGGCCAAUCGGAAUUGGCGUUCCGUCUGUCGUCCGGCGUGGCAUCGUCCGAAGUGCUGCCAAUAUCGACAAGUCCUGGAUCAACAUCAACGCCGUUGAUCUCGUCCAACGCGCCACAGGCUGCCACGUGGCAGCAAUCAACGACGCGGAUGCAGCAGGAUUCGCCGAAAUGAGGUUCGGCGCCGGCCGACCCUUGCAGCGGGAAGGCACGGUCCUGAUGACUACGUUCGGCACGGGGAUAGGCACGGCACUGUUCGUGGGCGGGCAUCUGGUGCCGAACCUAGAGAUGGGGCACAUAGAGGUGAACGGGGAAAUUGCCGAGAAGGUGGCCUCUGGAGCAGUGAAGGAGAAGACGGAUAUGAGCUGGAAGAAGUGGGCCGGGCGGGUGAAUGAGUAUCUGGCGCGCAUGGAGCAUUACCUUCAGCCGGACCUUAUAGUGAUUGGUGGAGGCAUCAGCAAGAAGGAUGAAAAGUUCCUGCAUCUGCUGUCAGUGCCCGGGGGCAUAGUAGCAGCAGAGAUGCGCAACGAGGCGGGCAUCGUGGGGGCAGCUUUCAUGCAUCUGCUGUCAGUGCCAGGGGGCACGCCCAUAGUGGCAGCAGAGAUGACUCGAGAACGAUUACUUACGUUCCCUUCCUGCCCUCCCUCCCCACCACAGUUCCUGCAUCUGCUGUCAGUGCCAGGGGGCACGCCCAUAGUGGCAGCAGAGAUGCGCAAUGAGGCGGGCAUCGUGGGGGCGGCUGUGGGCGGGUCUAUUCUUCUGGGGGAGCAGCGGGCAGCCAGGGAAGCUGCCAGACUCACGCCAACUCUGCUCAGCUGA